GCAUAAUUUGAAAGUGUGUGGAUUUAUUUUCUCUUUAUUUUUUGUUUUGGUGUGGAUUUUCCACAGAACCAUGCCUUCUCCCGCUCCCAACAUCACGUUACGAGAGAACGGGAGAGAGAGGCGGGAGGGAGAGCGAGAGAGGGUGCUGUUUACAUUGUGAGCAGACCUCAGAUUUACAGUCAUCCAGCUGCACCGCGGAGACAACAGCUGCCUCUAUUUAAAGGACAGUUUUUCCGUUUUGUUGUCACUUGCCAAUUUAGGCUUUACGCACAGUCAUGAUUUUGACGCACAGGUGAACUUACCUCACCUCAACGCACCCCGAUCAGAACUCAAAAAAGGAGAAAAGAAAAGUGUCCAGUUCACACUCUCCUCCUCCUCGUUUUUCCUUUUUUAAGUGGAGCAGGUCGUCAGAGUCAUGUCCAGGAAGAAGACAGCGAAAGGCAAAGGGAGCUCCAAGAGCCCCAAGGCAUCUCCGAGCAGCGGGAGGACGGGGAAAGGUUUGACCGCAGCUGCUGCUCCGUCCUCCGGGCUGGUCUAUCCCAGCAGACCAUCCAUCAGCAACAGCGGAGAGUUUUAUGACAUCGCCUUCAAGGUGAUGCUCGUGGGGGACUCAGGCGUGGGAAAGACUUGUCUGCUGGUUCGCUUCAAAGAUGGAGCCUUUCUGGCUGGGAGCUUCAUCUCCACCGUGGGCAUUGAUUUCAGGAAUAAAGUUAUGACCAUUGAUGCUGUGAAGGUCAAACUGCAGAUAUGGGACACUGCUGGUCAGGAGCGUUUUCGGAGUGUCACUCACGCUUACUAUCGUGAUGCUCACGCUCUGCUGCUUCUGUACGACGUCACCAACAAAGCAUCCUUCGAUAACAUCAGGGCUGACGUGACACAUGACAGGGUGGUGAAGCGAGAAGAGGGGGAGAAACUGGCAAAGGAAUUUGGAGUGCCGUUUAUGGAGACAAGUGCAAAAUCUGGACUGAAUGUCGAGCUGGCGUUCACUGCUGUGGCCAGGGAACUGAAGCACAGGACCAUGAAGGAACCCGAUGAGCCAAAGUUUCAGCUGCAGGAGUACGUCGACAAAGAAAUGAGGACCGCUGGCUGCUGCCGCUCAUAGACCACAUCCUACUUGUGUGUGUGUGCGUGUGUGUGUGUGUGUGUGUGCGUGUGUGUGUAUUUGUGCAAGAGAGAGAGAAAGACAGCAGGUGCACUCUCUUACACUAUGUAAUAAGUCUGAGUUGGUGUACCUGGAAAUGGCCUGAAAUUCUCAAUGUUUAUAUUUCUCUGCGGCCAAUACGCUCUCUCUCCCGACCCACCUUCCCUCUGCGACUGUGAAUGUAAUAUAAUUCCUGUCUCCAAGCUUGCACAUACACAUGCAUGUCUGCGCACAGACGCUAUGUUUGUAAUCCCGUUUAAUCCAUUCUGUGCCAGUUUCCAUGAGUGAUGUAAAUAUUUAAAUGUAAUUUUAAUUUUGUGCUCUGGAAGCUUUGUUGUUUAUAGAUGCCUGUCUUAUUAAAAGAAACUCUACAGAUGUAACAAGGCUGAAUAUUAAAUCAGUCUGACUAGAAUAACAGAAACCAAUUUGUACAAACCGCCAUUGCACAUAAUGUAAGCUGUCAUUCUGCACUACAGUACAUGCUGUUUAUGUACAGGAUACCAUAUAAUAACGGUUUUAAUAACACUGAUGUGUCUGUGACCCACUCGAGCUAGCGACCUUUUGUACACAGUUUGAUGUUAGAACUGUGUGAUAUAUUUCUAACAUGACUAAAUCUCCAGCAGUGAUCAAUGUAUACAAUAACACAAUCAGCAAAGGACAGCAGACCUACAAUGGGAAAUGUAUCUUCCUGAGAAAUGAUGGAGUUGUUCCAGAAAAAUCAUUUUCUAGAUGUUGCUCUGUUUUCAGGAAAUUAAAGAAAAGGACAAACGCUUUUUACAACAAAAAACAACUGCAUUUGUGUGAAGUCUGCUGUUAACCUGCAUAGCAAAAAGAAAACAUUACAAAAAACAGUUGAAUAUUGGGUGUGAAAAGCGUAUUUGCCAUCGCAUAUUUCUUCCCCAAACCUUGAACGGGACCUUACACAUAUAGUUUUGUGCAAAAGCCUUGAUGCACCACUCAAUUCUUUACAUUUUGUUAGGAAAAUGUGAAACAGCUGCAGUGAUUUAUUGAAAUGUGUGCAAAGAUACAUGGAAAUAUCAACACAUAAGGCAAAAACAGAGUUUUUGAAAUUCCCAGCAGCAUAUUUGAUAUGACUCUCUUUCUUGUAAUUUCUUUAAAUAAUCUUCUCUAAUAGUUCUUCAGGUUUUUUUUGAAGGACAAAUGUUGGCUGCCUUUUGUUCCCACAUUGAUGAUCCCAUAUUGCUUCAGUGAUGUUGAGAUCCGGGAUCUAGGGAGGCCUGUCCAUGACUGAUAGCAUUCAACUGUGUGUUGUUCUGUCCCAGUAUGCCUUUACUGCUCAAAAACGAAGCUGUUGCCAAUCAGACACUUUCCAGAUGAAGUAGCACAUGAUUGUGGUACUUUUCUUUAUUCUUAACUCAUAAUUCCACCAGUUUUAACAAGGACAGCAUCAAGCAAUGCAAUUGUACCUCUAUCCUGACCUCCAUAAGUAUUGAUAAUGAAGUUUCAAUUUUGGAUUAUGUCUCCUUAAAACCCAUUGCCAGUCCUUUAAAUCGACUUCUUUACAGCCACCCUGUUUCUACUAGUGAGUGUAAGUAAGUGCCUGAAGAUACAAUUUAAAAUGAGUUAUUUGCUAAGCAAUGUCUGUUAUAUGUAGACAAAACACUAAUUGAUCCCUUGAGUUUUGGUGCCUUUUUGUUUCUUUAUCUCUGAUUCAUAGGUCAGUGUUGGGUGGCUUAACAAACCAAAAAACAGAAUUUGUCAGAAAAUUGCCAAUUACAAGGAUGGGACUGAAAAUGAGUGAACAAGCAGCCAAUGUCCAGAAAAAAAUUGGAAAUACAUUUUGAAACCCGGUUGCUCAAGAACAUUUAAAGAAGUGGAAACAAAAUAUAAAGAAAUGAGGAGUGUUUUGUAAAGCUACUGUAAGAACAUCUAUGAAUUAAAAUGUAGAGAUCUGGAAUUGGUCCCGUGUAACUCAGACUCCUCUCAUGGAGUUUUAUGUAUCUUUGUAUCAUAUGUCCAGGUCUUCAUCAAGCAAAGGAAAUGAUCACAGCGAUUGACCCAACUUAAAAACAAUAUAUAGAUUUUGAUGUUUCAUUCUAUUUAUUUAUGAAAAACUUAAUGUGUGGUUGAAAGUUUUAAACAGAGAUUUUCUUUAGUGAGCCUUUCUGAUUAGAAGAUGCAUAUCGCUGUUGAGAGAAAAGGUUUUCAUUGCGCGUAUUUUUUUCCACAAAAACACAACAUCAUGGGGCCAGAUAUAUAACACUGAAUACUCAUGACUAAAGCUGUUUGUAUGCACAAAGGAAGGUUAGGGAAAAUGUGCACAUUCUUUUUUUUGUCAAAUAUAUAAAACUGUGUUGUUGUUGUUGUUUUUCUUUCUCUUUUUUUGGUUUAUUAAAGCUCAAUUUUUGCCAUUCCUAUUUUUACCAAUUAGUGGAAGUACACACUCCCUUGUUAUGGUAUCAUUACAACAUGAGCAAACAAGAACCACAGCUUCACUCGGUAUAUAACUGGGAAGGUUAUUGGAGAGCGGGAGAAAGGGAAAUGUGUAAUUGUUGAUCUCAGGUUCAUGAUCAGGAGAAAAACUAGUAAGGAAAGAAGCAGUGGAGGCUACUAACUAUAUAAAUUCAAAGAAAAACACCAUGGCAGAAAUGCUGUACUACAAGGGCAUCAGUUCUUGCAAGAAAAACACAUUUAUAUGCAGAGCCACAUCUUUUUAUAGCUCCGACAAUUACCAUAAGUAAUAAAAAAAGGCUUGGUAAAAUUUAGUGCACAUCAAAUUAUUGUCACUGAAGUCUAUGAGUAGCGAACUGUUGUGUUAUGUGUUAAGUUUCCCUGACCUUUUUCCCACACUAUCACGUGGGGCUCCGCUCUAAUACAAACCAUACCACUUUAUGUGUGGCGAAAACCGUAUACGUGUUUUUUAAUGCACACAUUCUGUUUAUACAUCCAGCCCCUGGUUUCAUUUUACCACAGUGCGCAAAAUUUUCAAAGCAAAAUGAACUUACAGCAGAGUCGUAUAAUCUAGAACAGUGAACCACAGGGGGGCGUUUAAAUCUUCGAUGACAGCUUGCUUACGUUUUUUUCUAUUUUCUCUGCAGUUAUUGGUAGAAAGCCAUUAUUUUUCCAGGUGUUUUAUCAAAGAUGGUUUCAUACAGAUUUCUGCCAAUGUUGUAAACUCUAUCAACUAGUACUAUAAAGCAUAAGUAAGGAUUUUACAGUGAAGUACACAUUUUUAGAAUGAAUCAGUUCUCAUAAAUUUAUUGUUAACUUGUAAUCUGUAUACUGUAUCUUAACUGAGGUUAUUUGUAUUGUAUCGAUCUUUUGUGUUGACUAAUAAAGAAUCUAUCAUAAAAAUGAAUGCAUUUUUGUGGAUCUUUAGCUCCAUCAUCUGGUACUAACCUGUGAUUACAUUUGCUGUAACCAACUGUUUUUACCUACACUGUGAUGGACCGAGUUGAAAAACAGGAGGAGCCCAGGAAUUAUUAGAAAAAUAUAGUUUCCAUUUAUUUAACCCCCAAAAAUUAUAUUUACAAGACUAAUAAAUGUUGAGCUCAUAAAAGAGGUCAAAGAAACAAAACUGAACUCCGGCAACGACUGCAACCUUAACAAACCAACUGACUGCCCAAACAUACAUAAUUGACCUAAACAUGAAAUGACAUACAAGGGUAUAUAUAAUGGCUGAUCAGACCAUUGUGACACAUGAGGGGUAACAAACAAACACAAUCAUAAAUCACAAACGAUGCAGUACAAUCUGGUUUGUUAAUAAACUAAACACUAAA